CGGGACGGGGCCAUGAGGCGGGCGGUGGCCACCGGCCCAGCCGCAGCGCCGGCCGCGCCGUAGAGCUCUUUCCCCGGGCAGGAGCCGAAGUGCGCCCCGGGGGAGCCCCGCAGCCGGGGUGGAGUGGGCGUGCGGACAUCUCCCGCCCCACGGAGCCGAGGGAGAGGGGGUGGCCGUGUGCCCUCCGCACCCCUAUGUGUGCCAUGAUCGACUCGCAGUCAGCCGAGAAGAUCAGCAGGAUGAAAAAGUUACGGAGAACUUUAUCGGAGAGCUUCGGCCGGAUCGCCUUGAAGAAAGAAGAGAGCAGCUUUGAUGAGAUAUGUGUCACAAAGAUGUCCACUCGGAACUGCCAGGGGGUGGACUCGGUGGUCAAGGCUCUGGACACGAUUCCUGAGGACAAGAAGGUGCGGGUGCAGCGCACGCAGAGCAGCUUCGACCCCUUCGAGAAGCCCAGCAGCCAGGUGAAGAGGGUGCACUCGGAGAACAACGCCUGCAUCACCGCCCGGGCGGGCGCCGCGGGCAAGGACUCGCCCAAGCUGCGCCGCCACUCCAGCCCCAGCUCCCCUACGAGCCCCAAGUUUGGGAAAGCAGACUCCUAUGAGAAGCUGGAGAAGCUGGGGGAAGGCUCCUACGCCACAGUCUACAAAGGGAAGAGCAAGGUGAAUGGGAAGCUGGUGGCACUGAAGGUGAUCAGGUUACAGGAGGAGGAAGGAACCCCAUUUACUGCCAUCAGGGAAGCUUCUCUGCUGAAGGGGCUGAAGCAUGCCAACAUCGUGCUGCUGCAUGACAUCAUCCACACCAAGGAGACCCUGACUCUGGUGUUUGAGUAUGUGCACACUGAUCUGUGUCAGUACAUGGACAAGCACCCUGGAGGGCUUCACCCAGAGAACGUGAAGCUGCUGCUGUUCCAGCUGCUGCGAGGCCUCUCCUACAUCCACCAGCGCUACAUCCUGCACCGCGACCUGAAGCCGCAGAACCUGCUCAUCAGCGACUCGGGCGAGCUCAAGCUGGCAGACUUCGGUCUCGCAAGAGCCAAGUCGGUGCCCAGCCACACCUAUUCCAACGAGGUGGUGACCCUGUGGUACAGGCCUCCAGAUGUCCUGCUGGGGUCCACCGAGUACUCAACCUGCCUUGACAUGUGGGGUGUGGGCUGUAUCUUUGUGGAGAUGAUCCAAGGGGUUGCUGCUUUCCCAGGAAUGAAAGACAUCCAAGAUCAACUCGAAAGGAUAUUUCUGGUGCUCGGAACACCAAACGAAGACACAUGGCCUGGAGUCCACUCCCUACCCCAUUUCAAACCAGAGCGCUUCACACACUACAGCCCCAAGAACCUCAGACAAGCAUGGAACAAGCUCAGCUCCGUGACUCACGCAGAGGACCUCGCCUCCAAACUGCUCCAGUGCUUCCCAAAGAACAGGCUGUCAGCACAGGCAGCCCUGAGCCAUGAGUACUUCAGUGACCUGCCCCCGCGGCUAUGGGAGCUGACCGACAUGUCUUCUAUUUUUACUGUCCCGAAUGUAAGACUGCAGCCAGAGUCUGGGGAAAGCAUGAGAGUCUUUGGGAAGACCAACAGCCAUGGCAAAGGUGUCCCCAACAGCAAGCACUGAGCUGUGCUCCCACCAGAGUGCAGGAGAAGCUGACCAGUUUGGAGGAGGGGAACACAAAGCUGCCAAGAAGGCCAAGAGCAGGGGGAACCACAGGCCCAGUUCCUUUCUUUCUCCAAGGUGGAUUUCAUUCAAGGGACAACUGAAGCUGGCAAAAACCUGGGUUGUUUGGGUUUGUUUUUUCCCCUGCAGUUCCUUUCCAACCUUGCACGUGUUUUGGAUACCUUGUGAAGUCAGAGACGUGUGUGAAGAUGAAGCUGUUGCUUACUUGA